AUGACACCAAAGAAAAACUUCAUCCCUCUCCUCCUCCUCCUAUCUCUCUCCGCCCUCUUCGUCUUCUCUCUCUACCCCUCCUCACCUCCUCUCUCUCAAUCUUCCCCAAACUUCACAACCGUAUACAUCCAGAACCUUAAUUCACCGAAUUUCACUCUCAUCAUCAAGGUUCUCACCUUUGAUCGCCUAGCCUCUCUCUCUCGCUGUCUCCACUCUCUCUCCAACGCUCAUUACGACAACAACAAAGUCAAUCUCCACAUCUUCAUUGACCACUUCAAAGUUCUAGAAAACGGUUCUGUGAAUCUGGAUGAAAAACUGAAUGAAUCGCGCCGAAUUUUGAAUUUUGUUGAUGGGUUUUCGUGGAAAUACGGGGAGAAGUUAGUGCAUUAUCGGACUUCGAAUGUUGGGCUGCAGGCUCAGUGGUUGGAGGCAUGGUGGCCGAGCUCGGAUGACGAGUUUGCUUUCGUUGUGGAAGAUGAUUUGGAGGUUUCGCCUUUGUAUUAUAGGUUUUUAAGGGGAUUGAUUUUGAAUUAUUACUACAAUGCUUCGAAUUUUAGGCCUUGGAUUUACGGGGCAUCCCUGCAGCGACCAAGGUUUGUGCCAGAGAGAGCAGCAGACAUUCUUAAAAAGUGA